CCGAUUAGAAAGGAUCAGACUCAUUUAAAAAAGGUUUGGCACUCCUUGUUCUUGACUUGGGCUGUGUUUCAGGAAUUGUUGAGGAUUGAACCUGUUGAGUGGGGGAAGACUUGGAGGAUGAGAACAGCUCUUAUAGUUCUGGGCUUGACCCUCUCUUUGGCUGCAAUAGCAAGGGCCAGAACCCAUUUUAGCCGCUACCGUUCAUGGAAUUCACGAAUGUACCCAGUGUGGAGAGAUGGUGACCCCCGAUACAGGGACUGCUGGAAAGGUGGACAGGUAACAUUUGGCAUCAGGAAUGAUGCCCCAACCCUGAUGGGAGCCAAAACGACAUUCAGUAUUAAUGUUCUUCCUCCUGGGAAUCAGACGGUGCUGCCUAACGGGACAGUGGUCUGGAGCCAAAACUGCACUGUUAAUGGAACCCAGUACAUGAAGGGUGAACAUGUUUACCCAGAAUUCAACACUUCCCAAGAAUGGACAGGGGUUUUUCCUGAUGGUACACCAUUCACUACAACACUGGCCAGGAAACCUCACUUCAUCUUUGUGUGGAAGACUUGGGGUCGAUAUUGGCAGGUGGCUGAUGGACCUUCCUCUGCACUCACUAUUGGAACAGACAAUGUGCCACUGGGCUCUUACAACAUGGAAGUGGUCAUUUAUCAUUCCCGUGGAAAGGACAGGUUCAUUCCUCUUGGAUACACGUCCACACAAUUCUCUAUCACAGAUCAGAUUCCAUUCAUAGUGACUCUGUCACAGACUGGUGAUGUUAACCAGACAGAUCAGAGUUUGAUCCAGAAUCGACCUGUAACCUUCAAUGUUGGUAUUCAUGACCCCAGCCAAUACCUCAGUGGCUCUGACAUCACCUUUACGUGGGACUUUGGGGACAACAGCGGAACUCUUAUCUCCCGUCAACCUUCUGUUACACACACUUACCGCUCAACUGGCUCAUUUAGGCCACAGCUUGUGCUGAUGGCUGCAAUCCCAAAUGGCUGUGUCUCAAAUCCAACCGCUGGUGAGGUCAUAACUGCAGUACAAGCAGUGACAGUGGUAUCAGACGCUCCAGCUGCACAAACCACCAAUAUGGCCGCCUCUCCUCAGCCUGCACUUGAGCAAGAAAGCAUAGCUUCUACUGUUCCAGCGGCAGCUAAUGACUUAGCUGCAGCUCCAGCUGAUGAUCAAGAGGCAGUAAAUACUGCUGAAAAUCAAGUUUCUGAUAUUCCAGCCAUUGGUGAAACAGUUACAGACAGUGUUGCAGAGACAGAGGGCCUUACAGUUACUGACCCUGCUGCAUCCAUCAUCCCUGUUGAGGAGGGUGUAGUUGAGUCAGCUGUCACCGAAGCUGUAGUUUUGGAAGCUGCAGCAGCUACCAAUGGAGAGACAGACCCAUUAGCACCUGCUGCCGAUGUUAUAAUCAAUAUUGUGGCCACAGAUGCUACAGUUGUUCAGACAGUGCCAUCUAUAGUACCAGUUAUCGAUGGUGAGAUUGUGGAAAGUGUCAAUGAAGUUACUCCAAAUGAAGUCAUAGCCGAAGCUCCUGUAAUUACUGACACUGCUACAGUAACACAGAAUGAGAUUGUUGCUGAAGGAACAGAGGAACCACAAGCUGCUCUGGUUAUUGCAAAACGACAAGCUCCAGAAAUUCCAGCAGAGGAAAACUGUAUGAUUUACCGCUACGGAUCUUUCUCCUCAACUUUGGAUGUUGUUCAGGGAAUUGAGAGAGUGGAGAUUGUGGAGGUGAGUAAUGUCGCAGUUUUGGCCACCAAUGUGGAGCAGAAUGCCGUGGAUCUCACCGUCACCUGCCAGGGAAGCUUGCCGAAUGAAGUGUGUACCAUGAUGAUGGACUCGGACUGCAUCAGUCCUCUGGAGACGGAGUGUAACGCUGUGACUCCAACUGAAUGCCAGAUGAUCCUCCGCCGUUUCUUUAAUGAUUCUGGAACUUUCUGCAUUAAUGUGUCUCUGGCUAAUGAUGUCAGUUUUGCUGUAACAAGUGCAAGGCUCAGUGUCACUGUGGAUUCAGGCUCCUCCACAGCAGGCGCUGCCACUGCAGUAUUGGGUGUUCUUAUCCUCGUCUGUGCUGUAGGCACCAUUGCAUUAACUUACAGGCGAAUGAAGGCGUACCAUGCACUCAAAGGGGACUCGACAGAUGGCAUCACGGGUAUUUCUGUUUUUAAGUCUGUUCCCAUGUUAGUGUGGAACUUUCUGACCCGACAGAGUACUGCAGAGAGCCGCCCUCUGCUGCAGGGGAGAGUGGUGUGAACACACACACACACACACACACACACACACAUUGCUCACUUACACUUAACACAAUCCCCACGUUCUUAUAUUUGCACUGAUGUUACAUUCACAUCCAGUGAAUGUUUAUUAUUUGACUAAUGUUUAUUAUUUCAGUUAAUGUUUAUUAUGUAUUAUUAUUUAAUAUUAUUAUUUUAUAUUAUUUGACUAAUGUUUAUUAUUUCAGUGUAAAACAGUAUUAUGAACAUAAUUCUGGGACACGAAUGCAACCCUGUGUUUGUCCCAGGUGAAAAGAUAGCUGUCUUUACUGUUUUCUCAUGACACCAACCUUGUCUUGAGACUGAAAACACUGGUAAAAAAAAAAAAAAAUUCACCUACUUCUGAACAUAGUGCAAGGGAAGCAUGCCCAAUAAUAAUAAUAAUAAUAAUAAUAAUAAUAAUACCAACAUUGUAUAUUCUGAAUAUAGAAAUAUUAUGGCUUAACUACUUACCACUGCAUGCCUAACACACACACACACACACACACACACACACACACACACACUGUGUUACAACUGUAUUCUCAAGGAAAUGGAUGAAUAAUUUGACUAAAGCUUUAUGUACUGUUAUGCAGGACCACCACAUUCAUUUAAUACACAUUCUUAAUAAAAAGGUAGAUUAGAUGCUUUUCUUUGAAUGAAUAUAUUGAUAAUGACCUGAAAUGAAUAAUAAAAGAAAACAAUGUCCAGUAUCUCGAUCAUUGUUAAUUAAACCUGCCCUUACGCAGUAACUGCUGUGCCUUAUGGUUAUGCUAAAUAACUGAUACAGAUCAUUUAGGUAUAACACAAAUCCGAGCUGAUAAUGAUGAUGUAGUUUGUAUCUGUUAAGUUUAAGGUGCUAUGCUAUUACUGAAGACUUGUUAUCCUGCAAUAAAGACAUUUUUGUGCUUUA